GCAGGGGACGGAGUGACGUCGUCCUCUGAUCGAUCAGUAUCGAUCACAGCAGCUUUAACCGCAGCUCGAGGGGACCGAGGGGGGCGUCACCGGCCGGCCGCAUCGGGAGGCUCUCCGCCCGGGAGGUGAGUGACUGCACCACCGUAACCAGCACCACCGGCAGCUCCCUCCGGUAACCCCGACCGGAGCCACCACCACGUCGGAACUCCCGGAUGCGCGCGGCCGCGCGGCAUGCCGGGACAUGGCGCGACGUGAACGGAGCCCGUCGUCCCGAAGUCCGCGCGAGCCGCUUCCACGUUCCACUUAACGGAACAACCGGCCGGACUUUUAAAAGACGCGUGACGUCACCAACUGCUGCCGUCUCGCACGAGUGAUCCGUGUCAGAAAGCCUGUGUGAGUGUGUGUGUGUGUGUGUGUGAGUGUGUGUUUGUGUGUGUGAGUGUGUUUGUGGACACCACGGGUUAGCAACAGUAGGAUGAGCUGCCCGAGAGCCCUUUCAGCUUGCAGGGACUGACACACACACGCCGCUACUAUUAAGGAGUCCAUGCCUCCUCCCCGAGGCCGGAGCUCCUCCCCGGCCGAGCCCCCGGCGCCAUGUCCCGCGUCUCCUCCACCGCCAAGCGCUACGCCGGCCCCUCCUACGGCAGCCACUACGGCUCCUACGGCUCCUCGCUGACCCCGGGCCUCGGCUCCUACGAGCGGGACAGGCUGUCUUCCUACAGGUCCCCCGCCUCCUCCUCAGGUUACUCCUCCUCCAGCUAUCUGAGCGGCUCCGCCGCCCGAAGCCGCAACUACAGCACCACCUCCGACCCGGACCGGGGUCGCGCCGCGCCGCGCGCCGACCUCCUCGGGAGCGGCGGCCGCAGGAGCGAGAGCCUCAGCCGGACCCCCGUCAGGAGCUAUGGGGGGGCGGGGCUGAGCGGGGGGGCGGCCUACACCGGCUACGGCUCCUCCUCCUACUCCUCCUCCUCGGCCCAGUCCGGCUACCUCUCCUCUUCCCAGUCGGCCUCCAGCACCGCGCUCAGCCGCCGGAGAUCCGUGUCCCAGAGUGACUUGAGCCGGGACCUGGCCUCCCUGCGCCUCAGCGACGCCUCCUCCUCUUCCUCCUCCUCCUCCUCCUCCUCCAUCCCGUCCUCUUCCACCAGUGCCCUGCGGAGCUACCGCAGCCGGGCCACCGACGUGGCCAACUCCUACGGCGGCGGCUCCCGCCCGGCCUACUCGGGCCUGUCGCGGAGCUCCACCCAGGAGGCCCUCUCGCGGAGCUCCACCCAGGAGGCCCUCUCGCGGAGCUCCACCCAGGAGGCCUUCAGCAGCAGCAGAGCCGCAUCGAGCUCCUCGCCGCGGGAGCCGAGCAGCGCCGGGCGGUCCGGCUCCCCCUCCAGGGACUCCACAAACUCGAAGCGGGCCCUGGGUCUGGUGGGGCUCAAGAACCUGGGGAACACUUGCUUCAUGAACAGCAUCCUGCAGUGUCUCAGCAACACUCCGGGCCUGAGGGACUACUGCCUGGCCAACGCGCACCGCCGAGACCUGAACCACAACCGCAGCCACUCGGCCCUCAUGGAGGAGUUCUCCAAGCUGCUCCAGACCAUGUGGACCUCGUCCAGCUGCGACGCCGUCAGUCCGUCUGACUUCAAGACUCAGAUCCAGAGAUACGCCCCCAGAUUCGUGGGCUACAACCAGCAGGACGCUCAGGAGUUCUUGCGGUUCCUCCUGGACGGGCUCCACAACGAGGUGAACCGGGUCUCCGUCCGGCCCAGAGGCUCCGUGGAGGACCUGGACCACCUGCCGGACGAGGAGAAAGGGAAGAAGAUGUGGAGCAAAUACCUGGAGAGGGAGGACAGUAAGGUCGUAGACGUGUUCGUGGGCCAGCUGAAGAGCUCUCUGACCUGCAGCCACUGUGGCUUCUGCUCCACCGUGUUCGACCCCUUCUGGGACCUGUCUCUACCCAUCGCCAAGAAGGGCUAUGGGGAGGUGAGUCUGAUGGACUGCAUGCGUCUCUUCACUAAAGAAGACGUCCUCGACGGAGACGAGAAGCCGACCUGCUACAGGUGUAAGACCAGGAGGAGGUGCACCAAGAAGUUCACGGUGCAGAAGUUCCCCAAGAUCCUGGUUCUGCACCUGAAACGCUUCUCUGAGGCGCGGAGGACCAGCAAGCUGUCGACCUUCGUCAACUUCCCCCUGAAGGACCUCGACCUGCGGGAGUUCUCCUCCGGCAGCAGCCGCGACGCGGUGUACAGCCUGUACGCCGUGUCCAACCACUCCGGCACCACGAUGGGGGGUCACUACACGGCCUACUGCCGCCACCCCAGCUCAGGGGAGUGGUCCACCUUCAACGACUCCAGAGUUACGCCAAUGUCCUCCAGCCAAGUGCGCGGCAGCGACGCCUACGUCCUGUUCUACGAGCUCACUUCCUGCUCACGCAUGUGAUGGGAAGCCCCGCCCCCUGAGACGGACAGCUGGACAUUAAAAAGAAAUGCAGUGCUGGUGGAGCCUGGACUUGUUUUAUAGACACACACACACACACACACAUACUCAUGAACAAACACACACAUGAACACACACACCUCCACCAGCCUGCAGGCUGCGUCCCUCCAUCAUGGAGGAACCACGUUCUCUCUCCAUCUUUACUCUUCUGUCCUUCUCUUUCUGGGCGGAGGUGUGUGUUCAGUGUGUGUGUGUGUGUGUGUGUGAGGCUGUCACAGGGCAAUAAUCCCAUCUGACGACGACCCUCCGGUGAAUCUGUCCCUCUAUGCACUGCAAACACACCUCAUCUUCCUCUUCCUCCUCCUCUUCUCGUUGGCCUCAAACCAUUAAAAACUCUGUUGCAACUCUGGUUAUCAUUUUUACUGAUUUAUGUUGUUUUGGGGUCUUCAUCUUCAUCAUCAGGUCACAUGACUGGUCAGGGUUACGAGGAGCUCUUCACUCCACCGGCCUGCUCGCCCUUCUUCCUCCUCCUCUUCUUCUCCUUCUCCCUCCUCUCCGGUGAGGAGGCGGUGUCACUGCUCCUCUGACCUCGAGGUCUCUCCUCCUCGUUGCAGCCAUUGAACAACAACAACCCAGAGAGAAUGUUUCAAACUUAUGUGUAUAUUUUUAUAUCCUGAUGCAAUACGAGAACGUUCUUAUCCAACGGUGCUGAACACGAACCAGGAAGUUAUUCAUGCUGACAGGAAGUGAUGUCACACUAACAUUGGUAGUCAACACAUGAUAAUAUAUGAAUAUAUAUAUGAAAUAAAAGUUAAGUUGUUUUGUUACCGUCUCUGCAGAUGUGUGUGUAUAUAUUAUAUGUACAUAUUUAAUAUAUAGACAGUGUUCCUGGACCACAUCUCCAGAAGGGGAAGAGACUGCAGGUGUCGCCCUCCUGUGGUAGAACGGUGAACUGCACACCUGACAAUAAAGUGAUUGAAGCGUGA